AUGCCUAAGAGUGGAGAGACUCUUACAAAAAAAUUACAAGAUGAAAACGCAAUGAGUAUUUCAGAAAGCUAUGAAAACGGAACCUUUACAGAUGCACAGACUGUCUGCAGAGAUUCACUGCCUCAUUUGGAGGAGACCCAAGAUGAAGGCAUAGAGCCAACAGAGUUCCUGUGGACUUCCUUUGCUGAUGGCAGAGUCAGACUGAGAAUAGAUAACUCAUGUCCGCAGACUCCCGUAACAGUUCAUCAGAUGUUCAAGGAGAGCCUAGAAAAAUAUGGAUCCCUUAAUGCUUUGGCCAGCAAAAAGAAUGGAAAGUGGGAGAAGAUAACUUUUUCGGAGUAUUAUUGCCUGUCCAGGAAAGCGGCCAAGAGCUUCUUGAAGCUUGGUCUUGAACGAUUCCACAGCGUAGCAAUCCUUGGAUUUAAUGCUCCAGAAUGGUUCAUCUCAGCUGUUGGAGCUGUUUUUGCUGGAGGAAUUGUCACAGGAAUAUAUACAACCAAUUCUCCAGAGGCCUGCCACUACAUCGCUCAUGACAGCAAAACCAAUAUCAUGGUUGUGGAAAACCAGAAACAAUUGGACAAGAUAAUACAGAUCUGGAAUCGCUUGCCACACUUGAAAGCUGUUGUGCUAUAUAAGGACUCCAUUCCAGAGAGACAUCCAAAUUUGUAUACGAUGGAAGAGUUUCUGGAGUUGGGAGAUGACAUAUCUGAUACUACUUUGGAUGAUAUUAUUAACUCCCAAAAGCCGAAUCAAUGCUGUGUGCUAAUAUACACAUCCGGAACAACUGGGAAGCCAAAAGGAGCCAUGCUGAGUCAUGACAAUAUAACUUGGACAUCAGCACAUUGCAGCAGAGCAGGAGAUAUGCAACCUGCAGAGGUCCAACAGGAGUCUAUAGUCAGUUAUCUCCCGCUCAGCCACAUAGCUGCACAGAUAUAUGACCUGUGGACUGGAAUCAAAUGGGGAGAGCAAGUUUACUUUGCUGAGCCAGAUGCUCUGAAGGGCAGUUUGAUCAACACACUAAAAGAAGUGCAGCCAACAUCUCACAUGGGAGUUCCCCGAGUAUGGGAGAAAAUCAUGGAGAAAUUAAAGGAUGCUUCUGCUCAGUCAGGAUUUAUGAAGAAGAAAAUGCUGUCAUGGGCCAUGUCACUUAGCUUAGAGAGAAAUCUAAACUACUCAAGCAGCAGUGAUUUAAAGCAGUUCUGGACAAGGUUAGCAGACUACUUAGUGCUUGCAAAAAUACGCAAUGCACUGGGUUUUUCUUCCUGUCAGAAGCACUUUUCUGGUGCUGCUCCUCUCAAUACAGAAACACUGAAUUUCUUCUUGGGUCUGAACAUCACCCUGUAUGAGGCCUAUGGGAUGAGUGAGACCACAGGCCCACAUUGCCUAUCUGGGCCUUACAUUUACAGGCAGCACAGCUGUGGUAAACCAGUACCUGGCUGCAGAGUGAAAUUGGUGGACGAAGAUACAGAAGGCAAUGGAGAAAUCUGUUUCUGGGGAAGGACUGUUUUCAUGGGUUAUUUAAAUAUGGAAGACAAAACAAAAGAAGCCUUUGAUGAGGAUGGGUGGCUGCAUUCUGGAGAUUUAGGAAAACUAGACAAGGAUGGCUUUCUCUAUGUCACUGGAAGAAUUAAAGAUUUGAUUAUUACAGCUGGAGGUGAAAACGUGCCUCCAAUUCCAAUCGAAGAUGCUGUUAAAAAAGAACUCCCAAUUAUUAGUAAUGCUAUGGUGAUUGGAGAUAAAAAGAAGUUUUUGUCAAUGUUGCUGACCCUAAAGAGUGUGCUGGACCCAGAUACGUCUGAUCCCACUGACAUUCUCACUGAGCAAGCUAGAGACUUCUGCCAGAAGACUGGUAGUAAAGCCACUAAAGUAUCAGAGAUUGUAGCUACAAGAGACAAGGCCAUCUACCAGGCCAUUCAGGAGGGAAUCAACAAAGUCAAUGUGAACGCUACUAAUAGGGUUCACUGUAUUCAAAAAUGGAUAGUCCUGCCAAGAGAUUUUUCCAUUUCUGGCGGAGAACUAGGUCCGACAAUGAAGUUAAAACGGCUCACCGUGCUUGAGAAAUACAGAAAUGAAAUAGACUCCUUCUAUGAAGAAUAAAUAAGAAGUCUUUCAUCCAAGCAUUAAGAAAGAUCUGUGAGCUAAAGAAAGUAUUUCCUAAUCAAAAGCAUUAACGAAGAUUUAUGCUUGUUUUGGUUUUGUAGUCUAUUGAACUGAACCACUAGAAAAUUGCUGUGUCAAUUUAGUUGUUCCUGAUACUCACCUGAUCAUUUGUCCUCUUUUUACAGAAGCAUCUAUACAGUGUGUCUAUUUUCUAAUACUGUUUUUACUUUAUGACCUAAAUGAUUAAGAUCAAAAACAUCCUCUUGUGUUGUAUAAAGCGGUAUAACUAAUUAAUUCCUCUAGACUGAAACACAAGUUUUUUACACAAUGAUUUUUUUGUUGUUGUUGUUCGACAGGAUGUUGCCUGUAGCUCAUGAUGUAUUUUGGUAGAUCAGUAGUUAGCAGUACUGCUUAGUGAAACUGUUAUACUCCUCCAGUGAUAAAGAUAAUUAUUUAACACACACAAAAAAAAAUCAAAAGGGCUGGUUUUGUCCCUCACAGAGAAGAGUUUCUUUUUGUUCACUAACAACACAUUUCAGAACCUAAAGACACUCCUUUUCCAUUUUUACAGUGGCUAGAAUUCAGACUUUCGUGAAAACAGCAGCUCAUCAUUUCUUAAAUCCACGUUGAAAUAAGCAUUACAAUUUCUCCUAAAAACAAAUAAUCAAAAAAGUUGGGGGAAUAGCUCCCUAAGACUGAAAGACAAAGUAGCAAAUAUAGGAGCUCUCACAUUAAAGUCCUAUUUAGAACAGAAACUUCUUUAAAAUUGUUUACAGCACUUUUUUUUAAGCAAAAGAGUUUAGAAGCAAUGUUUGUCAUUGUGUAUAUGCAUGUUUCAAUAUUCACAUUGUACUAAUUUUGACAAAUGUGAGCUGCAUUUCUUCCUCCAUAUAUAUAAAAAAUAAGUCCUAUUAUGUGAAGGACAUAACUUUCUGUCAAGUGUCUAAAGGCUUUGCUGUUACUAAGUGAUCUUUGGCAGAGUUACAAUAGCUAGCACAAGCAGGCAGGCUACAGCCACUGUUCUUGGUCAAAAAAAUCAUGCAGAAUAGGAUAUUCUUUCCAUGAAAAUUCCAUUACCAGUCUUACACAUCUUAUAGACUUAAGAUUUGUUGCAAGUACCAAUAAUCAGCUAAACACAUAAGACACGAUAGCAGCCUAGGGUUAUAAAAACAAAACAAGCAAUAGGACU